UAUUUUGGUUUCGUAGGUUGUAACAGAGUGUUGAUUUCAGUAUGUGAUGAUAUCUUUAAGAGAAAAGAACAAGAGAAAAGGUUAGCUGACGACUAAGUAAGCACAAUAAAUGCACCAGUGUAAGCUUAAAUUCAAUGACGAAGCAAUUGACGACAUUCAGAAAUAACAUCAACGUGACAUUAGUAAAAAUGUAACAGUUAAAAUAAGAGGUUGAUGGUUUAAUGUUCUGAACGUGUUACGACGUGGUUAUGCUUGGGAGCGCAUGAUUAUAAUCAUGAACGUGUUCAGAAUUUACUGUUAGCAGUUAAUAUUGCAACAUCAAUGAGGUCUAAAGAUUUUCUGUGUAUAUUAUUGGGGGAUGCUCUUACUUUACGUCCGUUUGGAGACCUAAUAUUGAGUUGACUAUUCACUGAUUAGUGACUUAAGUCUCUAAAACUUUGCAACUUGUAAUUUACAUAUUAUACUUGAGAAUAUCUUUAGAGAAGUUUCGGCUUUGUUUUUGUGGUUUUAAGCGCUACUCAAUAAGCAGAGUUGAAUUUCGGGAAACUGAACUUUUCAGUAGGUGAUUUCCAUGAGGGGAUGCAGAGUUUUUUUCUUUCAAGUGACAGUGAUUUUUUAUGGACGAAUCAAUCAUGUAUAAGAUGACAGGUCUCGGAUUUUGGCGCGAAAUACACUCAUUCAUUCGGAUAAAGGGAGUUUUGGCAUUUUAGCUGGUGUCAGUUCGUGAUUUCUAACCGUAAUCACAAACUGUAAAUCAUAACUCUAAUUCCUCACACAGGUUUAUAACCCUCAUUUGGUCCUGAUUAUUAGGUGGACACCCUCUAGGUCAAUCUGGCGUCGCUCAGAGGUCGUCUAUAAAUUACAGUUUUACCACUAUUUCAAGCUCUAAAAUCCCUACAUAACCUUCUUCUCAGUUUUAUGGCGUGUAAUAUCUAAGUGGUUUUUAUCCGGAAAAUGUCCUUGAGGUACUUUUUGAAUUCUUUCGAAUUUACUUGGAGUUAGAAGUGUACACUUCCCAUCAAUCAAAUAUGAAACGACUCAAUUUCGGUAAAGUACGGUGUUUGAUUUUGAGUUGUGUUUUAUGGAUUUUGUUAAUUUUCACUACGGUAGGUUUCUGUUAAUAAGCGUCGUAAAUAACAUGGUUUCACUAGUUUCACGGUCGUUUACUUUUUCCAGCUCCACAUUGUUGUAUGAAUUCAUUUCAGUAGACUGUUAGUUUCAAAACACCUAGUUACAGUAGAUGACCUCAAGCAUUUCAAGUGCCAUCGCAUUUAAGGGUCUGAACUGGGUGCAUGUUUCAAGAAAAAACAGUGAAAGGCGACCCAAAUAUUGGCGAAUACAAAACUGUUUCUAUAAAAACAGCUGGUACUAAGAUGUUCCCUUUGAAAAUAAUACCAUUAGUGUUUAAUGCAUCACCAUUACGUCAUAUUUCAUGCAUGUGAUUUGUAUGUCAAAAUUUGACCUAUUGUAAAUAUAAAUGUUUUAAAUUUUGUGGGUGUGCUUUUCUUUAGCGUUGUCUUAUCAGUCAGGAUUAUCAUGAAUUUUUCGGAAAACUAAAAUAAUGACACAGCAGGUGCAGAAUAAAGCAAAGCAACACAAUAAUGUAGUACUUAUUCAGGAUGAUAAAAGCAACUAAUAUUAUUUCUUUGUAGUCGACUUAAGAGCCAUCAUUUGAGUUUUCUAACUGCUUGCCUUUUCUGCUCCAUGGAUGACAGCCACAAAGUCUAUAAAUGUUCAUACUUCUCAAAUGGACGGUGACUUCAUGAGCUUAGCGCGUUCGGUCACGGGCGAUUUACUUUUAAACCAAAAAACAUCGCUCUAUGAAGUAGGUAAAGACCAAUUGUACUUAUCACUAGUUUAGCCACUCUAGCUUGUGCAGUGUAGGAAUGGAGGUAAAACUUUCGUAUUCAAUGUGGCUGAACAUUGAACACACUCCUAAAUUUGUCGAUUACUUUUGGGCUUAAAUAAAUCCUCACCUAGAGCAGUUUGGUUGGGGGAAUCACGUGACAUGGCGGAAAAUCAUUCUGAGCAGCUCAGUUGUAUUCAGUUUCCUGUUCUUUAAAUCUGUCUGAUUUUCAAAGACCAUUGAAUUAAUAUGACAUCGCUAAUAAGUUAAUCACUCAUAAUCAAUGCAAAGCCUCACCAAAAUCUAUUGAUUGAGUGAAGUUAUUUUCUUACCAUUUUGUGCCAGAUUUUGUGCUCAAGUAAAAAAGGGAACACCUAACAAGGAUUACGUGACCUUAAAGUUUAUUGUACUGUCAUAUAAUUAAAAUGAACUGUAUUUGUGGUCAAAUUUGAAAAACCACUAGAUAUCAGCUUAGAAACGUCAAACGGUACAAACACAAAGUGACACUGCAGUAUUAAAUCUAUGAAAAAAUAACUACAUAUCAUUGCGUGUUCUUUCCUUCACGUUAAUUGGCUCAGAUAAUCUAUUGGUUAAUGAAAUUACUGCGAUGUUGAGAUUUUGUUUUAUUUCUGAGAUUAAUUUUUCUAGAAAGGCAGGAGUACUUUGUCGUAUUCCGUUUGAGGCUUGGUUAGUGCACUUCAUAAGUAAUACCUUCAACAUAGUAACCACAUAAAGAAUUUACUGAACCAGAAGCUCUACAUGAUCGAAAUUCUCAGUAACUUCCAAUAUAAUUUCACUGUGCUUCCAACCAGUAGGUCGCAAUUUCGAAUCCUGGAUUACCUACCGUAGUAUUAGAGAUCAGAAUCGAUCACAAUGGUGGUGUGUACAUUCUUUGUCUUCCUUUAAACUGAGGUUAAAAUGACUUUAUACCUUUCUUUCUACGAAGUAAUUCUUUCUUCCUGUAUCAUAUCUUUAUAUGGAAUCUUUUUUACUACCAUCGAACUAAAUGGUUCCAUGGAUUUGAUGUUCAUCUUGUUGUACUAAUAUGUAACAACUUGGACCGAUACAUGUGUGCGCCUGAUCCUACGUUGCAGCUGACUGACUGAGAGAUCAGUUAGUAUCACUAACCCUUACUCAUUGUAGCUCCAAACAGGUAAAGUUGUAGUAAGAUAAAAGUGGUUCGCUUUGUUUCACGAUUACUAAUCAUCAAUUUCUAUUUCUUCAUGGAUCCUACUUCAGUUCACAAUCGGACAGUCCCCACAUGGAUCAUAAAAUCAAUGAAAUAGCUGAAAAUAUUAAGCAACGUGGUCGUGAGGGUGCGUAUCCUCUCUUCAAGGAAACGGGUCCGGAAUAUGUGAUGCCGAAAUUUCCGAUUGAGAGGAAAGAGAUGGAAGACCAUAUCUUGGAAUUAAAACUGGCCCGAGCAUUAAGUGUGGCAGACAAUGAUUCUAAACUUCUCGUUAAUGAAGAAAAUCAUGAUCUUACCAUUUCGAAUCCUUCAGCUACCUGUAAAGCUAUUAGUUUAGAUGACUGCAAUUCUGUUGAAAGCAUAACAAACGAUCAUGGAUCUGUGUUAUUUAGCAAAAAGAAUAUAUUUAACAAAGAUUCUUCCAACUCUUUAUCCGUACUCCCUGAAACAUCAUCUGAUGAACCAAAUCUUCACUCUAGCCAGUCUGCUACUUCAGACGUGAAUACGUCUUUGGAAUCUGGUAACCGGAUGCAACCUAGGCUUACUCAAAACAAUAUUCAGUUUCAAAAUGAGCAGAACUGUGGAGGUUCUUUAUUCCGAAGAUUAUACAGCAUCCCUAGUACAAAUAACGAUGGAUUCCCAAUAUAUUUAGCACCUGCGCCAAAUCCAGGCGUAUUCACAGAUGUAGUUCCUGUUCUCCAAGAAGUAGAAGAAGCGGCUGAAGCACACAUAGAGUCAGCAGCUGUGGAAUUUCAACGUGUUCAAAUCUGCGGGGAUGAUACUCUUGGUGUUCCUGUAGAUGAUUUACAUUUAGCUUCAGAAGCAUUGAUUAAAGCCUUAUUAUUACGUCAAAAAUACAUUACUUCAUCACAACAAUCAUUUCACUGUACAACUAAACGGUAUUUAAGUGUACUGGAUUCAGGUUCAGUAAAAUUAUUGGAUUCAGAGGAGAAGCAAUAUAAAUCUAUACACACCCCUGUAUUUGAUCAUCCAAUUCAUCCUCCUGGGAAAACUGGUGAUCCUUUCGAGAUAGACUAUUGGCCUGAACCAUUAGAUGUUAAAAUGGAAUUUCGCAAGGGUAUAAUGCACAUCGAAACAUUGUCUGAUUCACCAGACAGAAACCAGGUUAAUUUAAUAAAUGGGACAUCAGAACAUAAUCAUUAUAAUGAAAAUGUUGAUGUUGAUCAACCUAUGAAAAAAGAUCUACCAGAAUUUACUAUACCAUCUCUACAGACAUUCUUCUCAGAUUUUGAUACAAUACGUACAUUUGUAGGAGAUGGUCCAUUGAAGUCAUUCUGUUAUCGUCGACUGACUUACUUGGCUUCAAAAUUCCAAUUGCAUUCAUUGCUGAAUGAAGCUCGGGAAUCAAUUGAGCAAAAACGUGUAUCACAUCGUGAUUUCUAUAAUAUUCGAAAGGUUGAUACUCAUAUACAUGCAUCAUCAUGUAUGAAUCAAAAACAUUUACUACGUUUUAUCAAGAAAACAAUUCGUACUAAAUCAGAUGUUUAUGUAUGUGAAGAUCCCAAAACUAAAAAGCCUAUGACAUUAAGUGAAUUGGUUGAUAAAAUUGGAAUUACACUAUAUGAUUUAAAUAUUGACAAUUUGGAUGUUCACGCUGAUCGUAACACUUUUCAUCGAUUCGAUAAAUUCAACGCUAAAUACAAUCCCAUUGGUCAAAGUCAACUACGUGAAGUGUUUUUGAAGACGGACAACUACAUUAAAGGCGUUUUCUUUGCACAUGUUCUGAAGGAAGUGUUCUAUGACUUUUCUGAAUCGAAAUAUCAAAAUGCUGAACCACGUCUUUCAAUUUAUGGUAGAUCUAUCAAUGAAUGGGAUAAUUUGGCUAAAUGGGCUAUCGAUUGUAAAGUUUAUUCUGAUAAUAUACGUUGGUUGAUUCAAGUGCCUCGUCUUUUCGAUGUUUAUCACGCCAAAGGAUCAAUGAAAUACUUCCAAGAUAUUAUCACAAACGUCUUUCAACCAUUGUUCGAGGUAACUGUCAAUCCUAAAUCCCAUCCUGAACUACAUGCAUUUCUACAAUAUGUAACUGGUUUUGAUUCAGUGGAUGAUGAAUCGAAAUCUGAUAAAGUUGUAUUCAAUGCGUCAACUCCUACACCGGAUGUAUAUGAUUUAAAUGAGAAUCCUCCAUACUCUUAUUAUAUAUUCUAUAUGUUUGCUAAUAUAUCUCAAUUAAAUCAACUUAGAAGUCAUCGUGGCUUAAAUACAUUCUCAUUUAGACCUCAUUGUGGUGAAGCAGGUAAUAUUAAUCAUUUGGUUACUUGUUUCCUGUUGGCUGAAAGUAUCAAUCAUGGUUUGUUGUUACGUAAAGCUCCUGUUCUACAAUAUCUUUACUUUAUUGCUCAGAUCGGAAUAGCUAUGUCACCCUUGAGUAAUAAUUCUUUGUUUUUGGAUUAUCAUCGUAAUCCAUUGAAUGACUUUUUAGCACGGGGUCUGUUUGUCAGUCUUAGCACUGAUGACCCUUUACAAUUUCAUUUUACUAAAGAACCAUUGAUUGAAGAAUAUAGUAUAGCUGCUCAAGUAUGGAAAUUCACAUCUACUGAUAUGUGUGAAUUAGCACGUAAUAGUGUUUUGAUGAGUGGUUUUUCUCCUCUGAUUAAAUCUCAUUGGCUUGGACCUAAUUAUACACAAGAAGGUGUUAUGGGUAAUGAUAUAACUCGAAGUAACCUACCCAACAUUCGUGUUGCUUAUCGUUUUGAAACUUUAACACAAGAAUUACGUUUGUUGUUAAAUUCUGUGUUAGCGAGUCGAACUAGUGGAUCUGUUUCACCUGGUAGUAAUACAGUAAUGCAUUCUCCAAAAAAGAAUCAUAUUUCAACAGAUUCUAGUCGAAUCGAUCAUUUAAAGAAAUGAUUAUUCUUGAUAUAAUAUAUAUACAAUGAUUAUCGAUACUAAUUAGCUGCUAGUAACACUUUUGUCUUCUUUUAAAUGUGAAUUCACUUAUCUUAAUUUGAAUUCUUCUUUCUGAAUAUAUUUGUUCAUGGUUUGUUAUGAAUUAAGCAGUUGUAACACAUUCUAACAUUCAUAUAAAUAUCUACACUUCUUACAGAUAAAUAUCAUAACGUGGAAAGUAAUUUUUCAUCCACAUAUUCACAUGAUCUACAUUUUUCUUUCUUUCUGAUGUGCUUAUUUUGAUUUAUUAUUAAUUAAUUAAGAGUCUUAAUAUAAGUACCAUUUCAUGCAAAAUAUUUUAUUACUAUUAUUUCCGGGAAUAAUUGUAUCUCACUUACACCAUUCAUCAUUUAAUGAUGAUAAUCCACUGUUUAAACUUUCUCUGCGUUCAUCAAUUCUGAUGAAAUGCUGUUAACACCACAUCUACAAGGAGAAAUUCACUACAUUGAUGAUCAUUUUAAUUGUAUCAUUAAAGAUAAUAAUUUGUGCGUGAAUAUACACACACACAAACGCACAAGUUGAAUGCAUUUAUGGUAAAAGUGCAAAUGUUUUAAUACAGUGUUGAUUAAUCUGGUUAAAGAUGUUUAUGUUGCUUUUUAAUUGUGUACGGUAACAAACCUUUAUGUUAUUAUGUAAUAAGAAUGAACUUUGUAAUAUCAUUAAUGUCUAUCAUGUGUUUUUUGUUUGAAAUACACAAUUAUUUGUUCAAUCAAUGUUUAUUUUAAUAAUAAUCAUUUU